ACAGUUUUGAGUGACCAUCAAAUUGAGGUUACACCAUGUGUUAAAGGAACAAAGAGGCCUUGAACAUCUGCAUAUUUGGCUGUUGGAAGAAAGACACUCUAAGAAUUCUUGAAAUUUUCUCAGCCGUUCAUCUUCUCUUCCACAAGUGUUAACACUCACGAAGACUAGAACUCCCGAAAAAAGGAAAUUUUGCUCGUGAGAAAGCUCCUAUACUUUUUGAGUUUUCCAACAACACAAUAUCAGAGCAAGAUUAGGUAUAUUAAGAAAUGGAGGCAACUUUGCCGCAGGAAGUAUAAAACGCGCAUAUGUUCAAACGAAUCCGCUUUGGGCUGAGGUAUCUCUAUCCACGUCUCCUGUACAUUCGAGUUGCCAUAAGAUGAAACGCAGCUUGCGGAUUCUAUUCCUCAGCAUACUACCCAUGCUCCAAGUCUCCGGGUACCAAAAUUGCGGCAAAUGCUGUAAGCUCCCGGAGGACCCGAUGUGCCACGACCCCAGAUUAGAGGUCGUCUACUUGUACCAGGACCAAUGGCCGAACGCAUUCGUCAUGACCCCCUGCGGCCGGAAAUUCUCCUGCUACCCGGCGGGCAUCGACUCCAAGAACGUCAACGACGGAUGCAACGGCAAAUUCCAAGUCGCCCAACUAACCGACUGCGGAGAGGUCGCUUACCCAAACUACUGCAUCAACAACCCGGAAGGCGGGGUCAUCAGCAACUGCAACGGGACGCUCACAACGAGAGGCCUCAAACACCACUUCAUCAGCGUCCAAACCCUGGUCUACGACAAGAAGACGAACCGAAUGAUGUGCCUGGACGCCGGCCGCGCCAGGACCUGUAAUCAGGUCCUCCUCCCUGCAUCACGCGGCGGGAUAAAACUCGUCGUAGUCGACAUGUGUAACGACUGCGUCGCCCGAAUUUAUUAUUUCCCUGAAAACGUCGCGGAUCUCCAAAGGUCGUACCUCAUCACUCUGGCUUUAGAUCCCUGCAAGAACGUGGCGUACAUCGCCGAUGCGCUGGGGUACUCGAUCAUCGUCCUAGACCUGUGCACCGGGAAGUCUUACAUUGCGUUCCAGGACGAGACCACAAGGAACUAUCCACUCGGAUUACCUGUCAGUUGGGGUCAACCAGAGUACAGCAUCGGUAGCACGGGAGUGUGUUCGCCCAUCAUAUCGUCCAUUACGUUGGGCAUAACACCGAUGUGUCUUUCGCCGUGUGGGGACAAACUCUAUUACGCGGGCUUAACGUCGAGGAGGUUGUACUCCGUUUGUACGGCGGCUUUGCUUAACCGUACGCUAACGUUCGCCGAUAUCGCUCAAACCGUAAGGAACCACGGUGGAAGAGGGAUGUCCGAGGGGAUAACCUGCGACGAGCAGGGCGUGGUCUGGUCCGGCAGUAUGGAGAACAACGCCAUCUCGUUCCACAACCCCAACUGCCCGUUCGCCAUGAAUUGCAUUUAUAUCCGGGACCCCCGGCUUAGUUGGGUGUACUCGCCGAUCGCACACGAGGAUGGUUAUAUUUAUUUCCUUUGCCCCGACUUGCAAGGGAUUUCGUUGGUGUAUCCGGGGACGGGUCCAAUAGGUGUCGAUAGGCGGCAGAAACCGUAUGUUUUGUACAGGUUUAAGAGGCCCUGUGGGAGUCUUUGUGCCAGUUUUUGCGACCCGGCGACGCUCGGGUUGGAGGUUUGUCCGCCUGGCAGUUGUAGUUGUAAUGGUAUUGGAGUUAAAAGUCAUUGAUGCGAAUUUCGCUGAGAUAGGACUACACUGAAAAAAAAAUUCUCGGCGUUUUUACCAAGGUCCGUUGGUACCUUUACUAUCUC